AAYAGGCCAAGGGUCUGCUUUGCUUUCCAACGCAGGGCGCUGCUGAGCCAAGCRGACUUCUUCCUUGGAGAAGCUUGGAAGGAAAACGCUCGCUCCAAAGCCCCCGAUUCAGGCAYGCAGGCGGACGGACUGUGGCUCUUUGGUCUUUACCAUUACGGCUUGCCCACUUCUCUCUCUAGCUGAGCCAUGGAGACGAUGCAAGAGCUGAUCCCCUUUGCCAAGGAGAUGAUGAGCCAGAAGCCCAAUGGGAAAAUGGUCAAGCUGUACAUGCUGGGGAGUGUCUUGACCUUCUUUGGGGUGGUUAUCGGCCUGGUGGAGACGGUCUGCAGCCCUUUCACCUCUGAAGGGAGGCCAGAAGAUGAGGGGGAAGAGGAGGAAGAGAAGAGACCUGCUUCCCCCUUGACAAAAGAGGACUUUGCUCCUCAGAAACCAGAGGAGGUGAUCUUAGAAAAAAGCAAGCAGGAGCUGGCAGUGAGGAAUUCAGUGACCAGGCAGCGUGCAUCCUAAGGAGACAUUGGGUCUGGAGAGAAUGAGAACAUGUUGGCCUGUGAUGUGCAGACGGGCUUCUCUUUUUUGUUCUGAUAUGGCAGAUAUACAAACAUCCAGAGAACUGUUUCUGUGCAACUGCCAACAUAAAGAGACUCCUUAUAAACUAUGCUGUUUUCUAUUUUGCUGCUGUGCAGCAGUUUUACUAUGCAGCUGUUUCAAUCUCACAUACCUGUUCUCUUGGUAUGACUGCGCAAAGCUGGUAGCAUCUUGUACCUACUUAUGUGAGGGGUUAUUUUUUUUAUUCUGACUAUACCACAAUUUUGCAAAUAUUUUACAUUUUAAAUAAAACUAUUUUAUACCUGA